AUGGAGGACGAAGUUGCUGCUCUUGUUAUUGAUAACGGUUCCGGUAUGUGUAAGGCCGGUUUCGCUGGUGAUGACGCACCUCGUGCUGUCUUCCCCUCUAUUGUUGGUCGUCCUCGUCACCAAGGUGUUAUGGUUGGUAUGGGUCAAAAGGAUUCUUACGUCGGUGACGAAGCCCAAUCCAAGAGAGGUAUCUUGACUCUUCGUUAUCCUAUCGAACACGGUAUUGUUACCAACUGGGAUGAUAUGGAAAAGAUCUGGCACCACACCUUCUAUAACGAACUUCGUGUUGCCCCCGAGGAACACCCUGUUCUUUUGACUGAAGCUCCUUUGAAUCCUAAAUCCAACCGUGAGAAGAUGACUCAAAUCAUGUUUGAAACCUUCAAUGCUCCUGCUUUCUAUGUUGCUAUUCAAGCUGUUCUUUCUUUAUAUGCCUCCGGUCGUACCACUGGUAUUGUUCUUGACUCUGGUGAUGGUGUUACCCACACUGUCCCCAUCUACGAAGGUUAUGCCCUUCCUCACGCCAUCUUGCGUUUGGAUAUGGCUGGUCGUGACUUGACUGACUACUUGAUGCGUAUCCUUGCUGAACGUGGUCAUGCUUUCACUACCACUGCCGAACGUGAAAUCGUUCGUGACAUCAAGGAAAAGCUCUGUUAUGUUGCUCUUGACUUUGAACAAGAAAUGCAAACUGCUGCUCAAUCCUCUGCCCUUGAAAAGUCUUAUGAGCUUCCUGAUGGUCAAGUCAUUACUGUUGGUAAUGAACGUUUCCGUGCUCCCGAAGCUCUCUUCCAACCUGCCCUCUUGGGUCAUGAAUCUGUUGGUAUUCACGAAACCACUUACAACUCUAUCAUGAAGUGUGAUGUUGAUAUCCGUAAGGACUUGUACUCCAACAUUGUCAUGUCUGGUGGUACUACCAUGUAUCCUGGUAUUGCUGACCGUAUGCAAAAGGAAAUUACUGCUCUUGCACCUUCUUCCAUGAAGAUCAAGAUUGUUGCUCCUCCCGAAAGAAAAUACUCUGUCUGGAUUGGUGGUUCCAUCUUGGCUUCUCUUUCUACCUUCCAACAAAUGUGGAUCUCAAAGCAAGAAUACGACGAAUCUGGUCCUUCCAUUGUCCACAGAAAGUGUUUCUAA